AUGGCGAAGUUCACAGUUUUCGUGGCCGUUGCGCUUCUCGUCAUGCAAGUGUACACACGUGAUAUCAGAUCAAACACACCCAGUGCUGGCAACUCUAAAAAGAAUAUUACCUCUUAUAUAAAAUACAAUGAAUUAGUAUAUAUACUUGAAACUAGGCAUGGCAAUCCUGCUAAAAAGCCAACCCGAUUGACACCAUGUGCCAGAGCGAUAUUAAGCUGUUGUGAAGAAAAGGUGAUUAAUGAAGGUUGCUCUGAAUCUCUCAAAUGUGGAGCCUACUUCUUUGAUGACAAUCCUUGUGAAGACAAAUUCAUAAUAGACGCUUUGGAAGCAGCGAAACUUUUCUAUCAACAAUUAGUGGACUAA